UCAGCCUGUGGCGCUGGGAGCUCGGAGUACGGCGGCAGGUUUGUAAAGAGCCUGGCGACUGUCUUCCUGUAGAGGGGGUUGAAAGUUAUUUAGGGUAUGAAAGUCAGAUACCAAAUCUCUGGAGCUGUGCCAAGGAUAUAGAUUCUUCAGUACCAGACUACAAUAACUUCCAGAUGGCUACCUCAGCAGACUUGAAUUGGGAAGAAAACUUGAUGGCCCACUGGAUGGCUAACUCUUCCCGUGCCGGAGUCAUACUAAAUCCUGCUUUCCCUACUUUAAAAGCAGCUAGAGCUAUUGGUAUUGAAAAUACCUUAUCUAGCUCAUUACACAGCUCAAGCAGCACUUCCCUAAGUGAAGACUCUCUACCUAGUGGUCAGGCUAGUGGUCAAGCCUUGGACCUUAGCAGCCCUUGUGCGGAAAAAUCGGACACAUCUAAAGGGCUUUUUCUGCCUUCAUUGGCUAAGAAAGAGCAAGUUCUCCUGGGUAAGGAUGCUGCAGCCCAGCGGAAAGCCCAGCAAACUGAUGUGGAGUGUGAUAAAUGCCACAAUCUGGAUGAAGAUUGUAAUACUGAACUACUUCUGCAGAAGCUUGAGCAGCUCAAAGGUUUGCAACAAUACAAGCAGGAGCAGCUGAGGAGACAACAAAUGGGGCAAAUUCAGAGGUUACUGGAAGAGCAACAGAAACUCCUUUCCAUGGUCUCUGAGCAGCAAGUGCACACUGGAGGAAAUAGUCAAUCUCCAGAGCAAACUAUACUGGGGCAUGUAGAUGAUGCAAUUAGCUGUGAAGACACAGAGAACAUAGAGACCUCUGGAUGUUUGUCAGGAGAGAAAUGCUUGGGGAUUCUUAAUACAGAGGAAAGACCUAUCCCUGCUACCAUUCAAGAGAGAACACAGACAUUUGAAGAAUUUUUGGAAGAGCAGAUACAACUGGAAGAGCAGCGACUGAGCCAAAAAGACGUAAAGGAUGCUGGAAAACCAACUUUCCAGAAACCAGUUACAAAGAAACCCUUUCUGAAGCGAGGUGAAGGUUUAGCUAGGUUUACCAAUCCCAAAUCUAAAGUUUCUAAACAAAAAGAAAGCAAAGUAGCCCUUCAUCCCGAUGCCUCAGAAGUAAAAAAUGCAGUUAAAGCAGAGAAACCGCAGCUUAAUCGGAAAAUGGCCCUUUCAAAUAAAGAUUACAUUUCUGACAAUUUUGUGUCUAAAAAUGGUAAUCAAAACACUAAAACAAAGAAGGCUUGUGUUCUUCCUGCUCGGAAAACAACAGUGCUCAGGAAUUGCACUGGGAAAGGUACCCCUUUCUCCACAAAACAAAACCCCAGUGAAAGAAAACCUGGAGAACUGAAAAAUUCUAUCAGAUCAGGAACAAGUGGCGGUAGAGAAAAGAAUAAAGAAAAUUUAAUGGCACUUUCAAAGCUGGAUGAAAUUGACACCAAAUUGCCAGAACAAAAAUAUGAGCAACCAACAGAACUGAACAAAUGUCUGAGAAACUCAUCUGAAAAAGAUUCAGAACUUUCUUUUGAGGUUUCUUUUCAGAAGAAGUUGGAAAACUGGGAAACGGAAAAGGAAAAAGAAAAAAAUGAAUUGGAUGAAUUUUUGUUUCUAGAACAGGUUGCUGAUGAAAUAUCUUUUGCUAGCAAUUCCUCACUUGUAAUUACGAUCUUGGACCAAGGCCAGCAAAUAUCCACAGGGCGCAGGCUGUCUUCUACUCCUGUCAAAUCAAGGCACAGGCAAAAUGAUGUGCUAGAUAUUACUGAAGUGAACAGCAGAAAUGGAGAGCAGUGCAUUUCCCAAGAAGCUAACAAUGAAAGGGACAGUAGCACAGCCAUUGCUACUCAGGCACCUGGGGUGCUGAAGGAUAAUCAAAAUAAGACCAUUAUUAAAAUGCUUCCUGCUAUUCCCACUGCUGAGUUUCAAGAUUUUGGAAAUACUGAGUGGGAUGAAGAUAAAUCCAAUGAAAGCAGUGAUACGACUUCUGAUGAAGAAUUUGAGAUUACCAUAAAGCCUGUCAGUGAGAGAGCUCAAAAGCUUGCUUUGAAUACUAAGGGUGGCAGUCCUGAAGGACAGGUAAAGGGCAGAAGCAGAGAAGCCAGUCCCGGUUUACUAGACAGAGAUUUUAGCAGCAACCUUCCCAGUGAGAUGAGCAAGCCUGCUCUGUCUCCAGGUGUGUCCUGUGCAAACGAGAGUCAAGUUGAUUUUGAUGAUGAAACAUCCUGGUCUGAUUUUGAAGAGAAUGAAAGUCAACGUACCCAAGUUCCAAACACUGAAGGAGUUAAUCAAGUGCUUCUCUCCCCUGACUGUUCUGGCAAGAGUGAGACAUUCUGCCCAGAUAAAGUGAUAAAAAGGAAGGUUGCCUUGAUGAAGAAAGGGGAUGCAACGCCUAAGCAAAGUGUGACCGAUACUGAGGAAGCCACUCCCCCUGUAGCAGAUCUGAUGCUGAAGUUUUUUCCUUCUCUGAGGCCCAAGGAAAAGUCAGAUGCACCACAAAGACAAGAAGCCAAACCCAGUAGGGCUCAGGAGGAAUUGGGAGGAGACACUGUUCGUUCCCAGCUCUUGAGAGAGAAACUUGUUGAAUUGGAAACGGAAAUUGAAAGAUUCAGGGCAGAAAAUGCAUCCCUUAUAAAACUUCGAGAAGAACGUGAGAAUGCUUUGGAAAGUCUCAGGAAAGAAAUUGCAGACUUUGAAAAACAAAAAACAAAAGAACUGGUUCAAAUAGAAGAAUUUAAAAAAGAAGAAACAAGAAAGCUGCAAAAAGAACGUAGAGUUUUUGAGAAGUAUGCACAGGCUGCUAGAGCCAUUCCAGAUAAAAAAGAACGUGAUGAAAUUCAGGCCUUGAAACAGCAAAUGGCAACCUUGCAGGAAGAUUUAAAAAGAAGAGAAACAAAAUGGUCAGCCACCCACUCUCGUCUUAGAGACCAAAUAGAGACUUUAACCAGUGAGAAUAUGCAACUACGAGAAGAGAUCAAAAUUAUGGAAAGAUUUCGCUUGGAGGCUUGGAAAAGAAAAGAAACAUCUACAAACAAGAAAACAGAUGGUUCUGGUUCUUCAAAAAAGGCUGAAGUUACCCAUUUGCCAGCUGCAUUGCAAAAAAACCAGGCUGUGUCUACAGUUCAUCAAGCAGAAAAAAGCACCAAUGGCAAAAGUGUUUUGCCAUCACAAGGAAGAUCUUUUGCAAACCUGACGCUAGCAGCUGCAGCUGAUGAAAGUAACUUCGACAGUAUGGCAAUGACUUUUGAAGAUUCCUCCAAGACAUUUAUGAAGGGCAAUGGAACUGUUGAGCCCUUGUCAGCAGUAAUUCUCGAUUCUUCAGACAGUGCAGAAGUAGAACGGGAAGCUAAUUAUCCAGAUGGCAAGGUUGAAAAAUUUUUUAAAAAUGGUGCCCACCUUAUCAUCUUCCCUAAUGGUACAAGAAAAGAAGUAAGCUGCGAUGGGAAGAUUACGACUGUAACCUUUUUUAAUGGAGAUGUAAAACAAAUUCUGGAGGAUCAGAGAGUAAUCUACUAUUAUGCAGAUGCCAACACUACUCACACCACAUACCCCACAGGUUUAGAGGUUCUGCAUUUCUCAAAUGGACAAAUAGAAAAGCAUUUUCCAGAUGGAAGGAAAGAGAUUGUAUUCCCUGAUCAAACCAUUAAGAAUGUGUUCACGGAUGGACGAGAAGUAAACAUUUUUCCUGAUGGCACCAUUGUCCACAUUCAAACGGAUGGAAGUAAGAUUAUAGAGUUCUGCAAUGGUCAGCAAGAAGUGCAUACAGCUCACUUCAAAAGACGUGAGUAUCCUGAUGGUACCAUCAAAACUGUGUAUGCUGAUGGACGGCAGGAGACACAAUAUGCCUCAGGUCGCAUAAGAGUUAAAAAUAAAGAUGGUGAUAUUAUUAUGGACACUCUACCAUAAAUGUUCAUAUUUUGCUGUCAUGUUUUGUUUGUAGCAUUCUUUAAACACUAUUCUAACUUACAGAAAAUGUAUUUAAAUACUUUGUACAGAGGCAAUAAAAGUGUUUGACUUUUUUUAAACAAUUCA